AUGGAGUGUUCAUUAGUGGGCACUUAUGCGAGAAGCAUGGGCUGUGCUGUUCAAGAGCUCAACCCCUCCUCUUCCAACAACUCCCCACCACUCCCCCCUCCUUUUCCCACUCCAUCCCCCGCUUUUUCCCAGCCAUCCAUCCCAGAAAUCAACCUGAUGCGUGUGGGCGGGGACAGUGUGUUUGUGGGCACGUGGCACGACCUCACAGAGACGCUACGGCAGGAGGAGCAGCUGCAGCGGGGAGCCAAGGAGGCAGCAGAGGCAGCUCACGAGUCAGCAUCUGCCAGAGGCGUUAUGGCAGGACUCAUGCGAAUAGGCGAUGACAGUGUGUUUGUGGGCACGUGGCACGACCUCACGGAGACGCUGCGGCAGGAGGAGCAGCUACGGCAAGCCAAGGAGGCAGCAGAGGCGGCGAGCGAGGCAAAGAGCCUCUUUCUGGCGAAUAUGAGCCACGAGAUCCGCACGCCCAUGAAUGGAGUGGUGGGGGUGGCAGAACUUCUACUCGACACCCCCCUAACAGCGGAACAGCGCUCCUAUCUGGAUAUCAUACGCACGUCAGGAGACAACCUCCUCAGAAUCAUCUCAGACGUUCUCGACCUCUCCAAGAUCGAGAGCCAGUCGCUGCCUCUGGAGGACGUGCCCUUCUGCCUCGCCACGUGCGUGAAAGAGGCGACUGCCCUGCUGUCUGUCGCUGCAGCAGACAAGGGCCUUCAUCUGCACAACCACAUUAACUCGGACGUGCCUUGCUUCAUUCGGGGAGACCCGGGGAGACUGCGGCAGAUCAUUCUGAACCUUGUGUCUAACGCGAUCAAGUUCACACAGACUGACGUUGCUUCGAAUGGCGCUGAGGCGGUGCGGGCGUGUGAGAGCAAGCAAUACGACGUGGUGUUUAUGGACUGCCACAUGCCUGUGAUGGACGGCUUUGAGGCCACGGAGAAGAUCCGACGGCUUGCUCUGCUGCAUGAACGGCUGCGAUGCACCCAGGUCGGCAUGGACCACUUCCUGACAAAGCCCGUGAGGCCAAGCGAGCUGGAGACGCUGCUGCGGCAUGUAGAGCUGCGAGGGGUGAUGCUCCAGCAGGAGGUGGCGCGGGCAAGGGGUAGGGAGGAUAGAGUGGAAAGAGGGGAUGGGGAGGAGGUGCGAGGGGUGAUGCUUCAACAGGAGGUGGCACGGGCAAGGGGUAGGGAGGAUAGAGUGGAAAGGGGGGAUGGGGAGGGGGAGGAGGUGCAAGGGGUGAUGCUCCAGCAGGAGGUGGCACGGGCAAGGGGUAGGGAGGAUAGAGUGGAAAGGGGGGAUGGGGAGGAGGUGCGAGGGGUGAUGCUCCAGCAGGAGGUGGCACGGGCAAGGGUUAGGGAGGAUAGAGUGGAAAGGGGGGAUGGGGAGGGGGAGGAGGUACAAGGGGUGAUGCUCCAGCAGGAGGUGGCACGGGCAAGGGGUAGGGAGGAUAGAGUGGAAAGGGGGGAUGGGGAGGGGGAGGAGGUGCGAGGGGUGAUGCUCCAGCAGGAAGUGGCACGGGCAAGGGAUAGGGAGGAUAGAGUGGAAAGAGGGGAUGGGGAGGAAAGGGGGGAUAGGGUGGAGGUGCAAGGGGUGAUGCUCCAGCAGGAGGUGUCACGAGCGAGGGAUAGGGAGAAUAGGGAGGAUAGGGAGGAGCUGAAAGGGGUGGUCGUUCAGGAAGAGGUGGCGCGAAAGAGAGAAGAGGCUGGGAUGCUAAGUGCAAGGGAAGAGAAGCGAGAGAAUAGAGUGGUGGAUGUGGAGGAGAGAGACGAGAGGGAGGAAAGGGAGGAGAGGGGGAAGAGGGAGGAGAGGGAGGAAAGGGAGGAACGGGAGGAGGAGGGGAAAGGCUUAAUUGCGGUCCAAGGUGAGAUUGGUUUGGUGGAGGAUGCUGAGCUGGCACAUGGCACUGGGUUGCGGGAUGCUGAGCUGGCACAUAGCCCAGAGGACAUGCCGCAGCUGUCAAACAGCCGGGAAAAGGACGAGGAGGAAAGGGCGGGGCGGCGGGCCAUCUCAAAAGGGUGGACAAGUGGGGGUUUGCGGAAGAAGAGGCAUGUGGGGGAGGAGCUUACAAAGGAGAGUGCAGUUGAUAAUGGAGAUGCACCUACACAUGGCGUCCUCCUUUUAGUCGUCUACUUCGCAACCCUUGGCCCGCCGCUUAAGCUCGUUCCAAAAGGCACCCGGCCCUUCGUGUCCGCCCCUUCCGCCGUUUCUUCCACAUUCCCUUCCGCCCAUGUAACUGAAACUGGUACGGAGGUGGACCGGGAGUGGCUAGAAGCGAGCGUGCAAAUAACGGUGGUGCGGACAAAACGAGAAGCCGGGGCCUUGAGUGACGAAGACAAGUACGGAGACAGUGCGAAGCAGGGCGAUGAUGAUACGCAGCAGCGCGAUGAUGAUACGCAGCAGCGCGAUGAUGAUACGCAGCAGCGCGAUGAUGAUAUGCAGCAGGGCUAUGAUGAUACGCAGCAGAAGAAACUGGUGCAGCUGGCGAGGGAGGCGCAAUGGGUGCAGGAGCAGGAGGUGUGGCAUGGGGAAGAGUCGCAGGCUCUUCGGAAUCAGGAACAGCGCGCGCAGGAACAGGAGCAGCGCGCGCGGCAAGAGGAGCAGCGCGCGCAGCAACAGGCGCAGAGCACGCAACGUAUGGAACAGGACGCGCAGCGAAAGGAGCAGCGAACUCAGAAACAGGAGCAGAGCGCGAAACAAAAGGAGCAGCAAACCCAGCAUCAGGAACUACAAGGCCUUCAGAAACACGAGCAGGAGCAGGAGCAGGGUUCUACAAAACAGUAUCGCAGGGAACAAAUCAAACCGAAGCGGAAACAUCGGAAGAACGUCGAUGUGUCCCCCAGCAGCAGUACUCGCCUAGACAGCUUCCCUGCCGCCUCUGAAGCUGCUGCCGGGGGGGACAAACGGAAACGCGCGGCCAGGGGAAGGGACGCGGGCGGGGAGAAUAGUGGUAGAGCGGGCAGGGGCAAGAAGCCCACGACUGCGACGGGCGAGUCUGGUAGUAACACCACCACGACAGCCACCACCCCCGCUUCUCUCGCCUCCUCCAAGACGGGCUCUGCUAGCAACACCACCGCGACGGCCAACCCCGCCGCUUCACUCGACAUCCCCGCCACGGUCGCCGCGAGGUCAUCUGGUGCAGCAGAUUCAUAUGGCGAAAUGCGGGCCUCCGCGAGCGUAUCCGCGGUCGCUGCGAAGUCAUCUGGUGCAGCAGAUUCAUCUGGUGAAAUGGGGGCCUCCGCGAGCGUUUCCGUGGGGGCUGCGUGCAAGGGGCGGGCGAUCUACGUGUACCCGCUAUCGGCGCGCUUCAACCAGUGGAUGGUGGACGACUGCUUGGAGAGCCGCAUCAAGGGGUUCUGCCUCACCAGCCGGCACGGCGGGUUGGGAACAAGGCUUGCGCCUUGGGACGACGUGGUAGAAGGCGGCAGAGGCAGCAGCGUCAGCAAAUCGACUAGCGGCAACGGUAGCAGCAGCAGCAGCGGCGGCGGCGGCGGCGGCGGCGGUGGAAGCAGUGGUGUGAUUAGCGAUGCUGGUGGUGCUAGUGAGGGCUGGCGGAACCAGUGGUAUUUAACCGAGAGCGCCAAUAACGAGGAAAUUUUCCACUCGCGUCUCCUGCAGCACCCCUGCCGAACCACGGACCCAGAUUCGGCAGAUUUCCUGUUCAUCCCCGCGUACCUGGGCUGGUCGACCUGGUCGCUCGUGGAACACGGGCUGUUCGUAGAUCGGGACCAGCCAGGAAUCGAACUCGAGCGCUAUCUUUUGGAAGAAAAUCAAGAUUUCAAGCGGCUGGUGGAUCAAGGAAAUCAUGUACUGGUGCUCGGGCGGCCAAUCUGGGACUUCAGAAGGGUAAAAGAGUGGGGAACGGAUCUCUGGUGGCGACCGACCUUCGAUAAUGUCACACUCCUUACUGUAGAGGCCACUCGGGAGUGGUACGGGAGAGAGGUGUUUUCCAUUCCUUACCCAACAUCGUUUCAUCCUGCAGGCUUGGCAGAGCUGCAGGAUUGGAUGAAUCACGUUCGGGACCACGCCCGGCCGUUUCUGUACGCGUUUGUAGGCGGCAGGCGGGCGAAGGAGACGAUAGAGGGUGCGCUGCGAGGAGCUCUACUGCAGGAAUGCGAGAUCGAACCGGGGAAAUGCUUACUUCUGGAAUGCUACGGUGCCGACGUGGAGGCGGUAACUGAAGCAGCAGCUGAGAUAGGCCGGCAGUCGGCCAGUCGAAAAGCCAAGGCCGUAGCAGAAGCAGAAGAAGGAAAAGGAAAAGCAUUAGCUGCGGAUUAUGUGGAGGAAGAGCCUCAGGUGGAUCUUCCUGGAUGCACUGAUCCCAGGAGAGUUGCUGGUGCGAUGCUGCAGGCGGAGUUUUGUCUCCAGCCAGUGGGAGACAGCCAAACCCGCCGAUCCUUCUUCGACUCGAUCAUAUCAGGCUGCAUUCCUGUGGUGUUUUCUACUGAUACUUUUGACAGCCAGUAUCCGUGGUUUUUCGACCCGAAGCCGGAGGCAAGGCGCAAGAUUGCGGUAAUGGUGGACCCAGAAGAGGUGAUUUCGGGCCGAGUGAAGAUUGGGGAGGUGCUGAGGAAAAUCUCAGUGGGAAGGAAAGAGGAGAUGAGAAAAGAGAUGCAGCUUCAUUGGUAUGCCACCGAUAACUCCAUGCUAACCCUCAUCUUCCACUCGCGUCUCCUGCAGCACCCCUGCCGAACCUCCGACCCAGACUCGGCAGACUUCCUGUUCAUCCCAGCGUACCUAGGCUGGUCGAUCUGGUCGCUCGUGGAACACGGGCUAUUUGAGAAGCGAGACGAUCCGGUGAUUGAGCUUGAGAGGUAUUUACUCGAGGAGAAUGCGGAUUUUAAGAGGCUGGUGAAUCGUGGCGACCACGUUCUCGUUCUCGGCCGUCCGAUCUGGGACUUCAAGCGCGAUGAGGAUAAGCCCGAGGGGUGGGGGACUGAUCUGUGGUGGCGACCGACUUUCAAGAAUGUCACACUCCUUACAGUGGAGGCUCCUCCCGAGUGGUACGAGCGGGAGGUGUUCUCAGUUCCUUACCCGACCUGUUUUCAUCCGGUAGGCUCGGCAGAGCUGCAGGGGUGGGUUCGGCAUGUUCGGGAGCAGCCUCGGCCGUACCUGUACUCGUUUGUAGGCGGGAAGCGGGCGCACGCGACCUGGGAGGGCUCGCUAAGAGGGGUCUUGCUAAACGAUUGUGAGAACGAUCCUAAUAGGUGCAUCUUUUUAGAGUGUACUGUUGCUGAUGCGGAGGCGGCAACUGCAGCAGCGGCGGAGAUAGGCAGGCAGGCACUGAAACGAAAGGAGGAGGGGAACAGCAGGGAGGGGAAGGGGGAGGAAAAUGAGAUUGAGCCAGAUUUUCCGCUGAGGGGGUGUAUGGAUCCCAGGAGAGUGGCUGGUGUGAUGCUCCAGUCCGAAUUCUGCCUGCAGCCUAUCGGGGACAGCCUCACUAGAAGAUCAUUCUUUGACUCGAUAAUAGCAGGGUGCAUCCCUGUAGUGUUUGCUCCAGGCACGUUUGAUUAUCAGUACCCCUGGUUCUUCGCUAUUGGAGAUGAGGCUCGGAGGAAUGUGUCGGUGAUGGUGCCUUCGGACGAUGUGAUUGGUCGGAAGGUUAGGAUCGGGGAGGUGCUGGGGGGGAUAUCGGAGGAGAGGAAGAGGGAGAUGAGGGAGGAGCUUUAUAAGCAUAUUCCGAGGCUGCUUCUAAGGGAUCAUACGAGAGAGGGGAAGGUGGGGGAGGAGGGUAUGUUUGAAGAUUUAGUGGAUAGGACGAUUGAAGGGCUGAUUGAGAGGAAGAAGAUGAGGAAAGCUGGGGUUGCCAAGAGCUAUUUCCCUUUGUAG